UGUUAUGAUUACACUGAUGGAGCUGUGACUGGAGACCUAUGUGAAGAUCUGUGUGUGACGAAGAAGUUAAUUUAUAAACACUGCCUAUUCUACCACCGAGGGAAAAAGGUCAUACAUGCUGACUGGCAAGGCACAUCAAUCAUUCUGAAGUCUAAAAAUGAUGCAUUUUCUAAAUUCCAGGCUCCUGACUUAUCAAAUGGGCCAGAUCCUCAGAGUAUAUCAGACACUGAUUUGCUUGUGAUGGUAGCUGUGGAAAUCAAAAAUGUUCUGGGUUUGGAUUUACCAAACAAUACUAUAAUGCCUAUUUGGACAGAAAAGAAGAAGAAUCAGAACUGGAAAGUGGAGCUUGCCAGUAUGUGGUCUUUAUUUCAACAAGAAGAGUAUCUGCUCUUUAACUUGUUACAAGACUUUAGUAGACAUGUCUUACAGGUCAUUGGAACUUGCGGCCACUUCUAUGCAGUUGAAUUUCUGAGUGCUGGACACUCUUGGAAACAAAAUCUCUUCUCCUUAGAAGAAGUGGUUGGUCAGUGCAAAACAGGUGAGGAAAAGAUGGACGCUCUCCUUGAUAUUGCCAUCAGUUUCUUAGAUAUGGUCCAUCAGUUUGACACCGAGUUUUCUCAUCGGCUCCACCUUUGUGAUGUCAAACCGGAGAACUUUGCCAUUAGAAGUGAUCUUACUGUAAGUUUACUUUGUUGUUAUAAAAGAAAUCAGAAUAUAGUUAUUUCAUACACACACUCAUCUGAAAUAGUAUUACACAAAAACAUACAUAUUUUAUUGUUGUUUUUUUUAUGA